AUGAAACAGCUUCGAAACGCAAAAAAGGGUUCGUCGAGCUCUCUCAUAUUAGGAGGAAGAUUUGGUAGGAGCUGUUUUCUCAAAGCUGGAGGAUGUUUAGGAAAACGAACUGAAAAUCAUCUACCUGUCAGAGACAUAAACGAAUUGACGUUGCAAUCAAGGGGAUUCAUGAAGCUGUUCGGGAAGCCACAAAGACGGGAUCAGACCUCAGACCACUCCAGCGAUAUACUUUACUGGUACGAUUAAGUUUUUUAAUUUAGUUUUUUGUAAUUACCUGUAAGCAUUUUUCAUUGAUCGAGUGUAAUAUUUUAACAAAAUCUGCUAGUUUGUAAAAUAAAACCUAUAUUUUUUGUUAAUUAACAUUACAGAUCGAUGCAACUUUUUACUUCGUUUCAGGGAUACAGGGUGCUGUAAAUUUGUAUACGUUUUUAGGCCAUAAAUUAGUGAAAAAUAAAGAAAACAUUUUCUAUCGGGAGUCAAAUGAUUCCAGUUUUCAUGUCUCUGAUUUGGUUUCGGCUGGACAUUUUUUUAGGUACUCUUUAUACUAAGCUGCUAAAAAUUAUGAAUUUUGAGGUGAUAUAUUCUAUUUACGCAGAUCCGUAAAAAUGGUUCAUUCUCGAUAUCGAAAAACAGUUUAGUACACCCUGCAUUUCAAACCUAUGUUUUUCCGACAUUUCUUGAAAAAUUUUCUUUUCGUCAAAUAUUGCUACUGGUUAUCACCCUUUUAAUUUUUUUUAACAGUCGGAUUUUCUGAAUCGAUAAGUUGGACGUCCAGAAGUUUAGAAUAUUAGAGAGUUUUGGUAAUCAUAAACACUGCAUUUUUAAACGUUAAUUUACCUAUAACUUAUGACUCAAAUUCAGCGGCCAUUUCCGAUUGCUGAAAUUGUCUAUUGUUUAUUUGCAGAUCUAUUGGAUUAAUAAAUACACAUUACAUGAAUACAAUUUUCAUACGUUUAUAAAAACGAUAUAGGUACUAUGAGAGCUUUGUUUAAUCGUAUGCAGAUUCAAAAUCAGAUUGUUCUCAAAUUGUAAUAAGACUCUUUCGAAAAUUUACGACACUUUCAAAUAAAUUAUUCGACCACCUCCAUCUUUGGAUGAUUCCAGCGAUAUACUUUACUAAACGAUUAUUUUUUUAAUUUAGGUUUCUGUAAUUGCGUAUAUGCGUUUUCCUUCGAUCGAGUGUAACAUUCUAACAAAAUCUAGUAGUUUGUUGAAUAAUUCGAAAAUCUAUAUUUGUUUGUUCAAUAAUAUCUACAGGGUGAUGCAACUUUUGCCUUCGUUUCACGAAUACAGGGUGCUAUAGACUUUUAUGCAUUUUUUAGGCCUUGAAUUAGUGAAAAACAAAUAAAAUAUUUCAUUGGGAGUAAAAUGAUUCCAGUUUUCAUGUCUCGGGUUUAAUUUGGGCUGGACAUUUUUUUAGUACUACGCUUCUACAAAUUAUGAAUUUUGAGGCGAUAUAUUCUAUUUACGUAGAUCCGUAAAAAUGGUUCAUUCUCGAUAUCGAAAAACAGUUUAACACACCUAUGUUUUUGCGAGAUUUCUUGAACAAUUUUAUUCACGACAAAUGUUGCAACUAUUUAUCACCCUGUUUUAUUAAUAUUUAACUAGACUGUCAGUAUCACUAUAUAGCAUCGAAAAUAUUUUAUGACCACAGAUAAACUUUUUAUUUUUUGAACAAUCGGUUUUUGUGAAUUGAUAAGUUGCACGUCCAGAAGUUUAGAAUAUUAGAGUGAUUUAGUAAUCGGAAAUACUGCAUUCUUAAACGUUAAUGAUUUUACCUAUAAUCCAAUGACCUCUUGUGACUUAAAUGACAAUUGCAGAUAUAUUGGAUUAAUAAAU